AUGGAUCGAACAGCAAUCAUAUCGGCGGAUGUCUGGCUCGUUGUCCUCGUCGUCGUCGUCCUCUUCUUCGUCGUUCUCUGUCGUCAUCGUCGUUCUGUCGUCCUCGUCGUCGUUGUCAUCCUCGUCGUUGUCCUCGUCGUACGGUGCCCUUGGGCAAGGUGGUGGAUUUGUCUUCCUCUGCCUCCUCAGGUCACUGGCAGUAUUGAAGUCAGCGUGUGCAUCCACCCCUUGUCUUUCGACCAGUGGGCCAAGACAUCUGGCUCCAGGCGGAAGUUCACGGUGGGCUGGCCCGUGAAGGCAGGCUCCCAGGCGAGCGGCUUUCAGAUCGCGAAGGCGUACUCAGCGCUGCAGAGCCUGAAGCGCAGGUACAGCAUCGCGGAUGGCGACGCAGACGUCCUCAUCGUCAAGGAGCUGCUCUCGGCGGCGUCCUCCGCAACGGCGGCCGCGUCCACGGCCGCAGGGGCCCGCGCCGCCGCGGCGGCGCCGCCGGCGCCCUCGCAGGGAUUCCUGAGCCCCUGGGAGCACGACAUUGGCGUCUUCGGGAGCAACAUGGCGCGGGGGUUGCCCGGCGUCGAGAAGGAGAUCCACGACACCAUCUGGAAUGUGGAGCACAUCGAGAAUCGCGGCGUCGCCACCAUGCUGCUGCGGAGCGUCCUGAUGAUCGCUGCUGUCUACCUCGUGGGGGGCGCCGUGUACAAGAAUCAGACCUACGGUUCGUCGGGCGUGGACGCGAUACCGCACAUCGGCUUCUGGAGGGAGUACCCCCAGCUCGUCCUUGACGGGGUGCAGUACGCAACAGGAUUCGGCAGGCAGUUCAUGGGCAAGGGCGCGGGCGGUGGCGACUUCGAGCCGCUGUCCGGCGGCCUGUCGGGCCGCGGCUUCUGA